GUACCCCUGGGAAUAUCAUUGAGGAAGCCACGACCGAAACCACUAUAACCGAAACCGCCAUGACCGAAAUUACCACUACUGAAACCACCACCACCGAGACUACUAACGCCAAAACCACCACCACACUACUACUGUAA